AUGGUCCUAGCUGUUGGAUUUCCAGCGGGGGGGAGGACGGGCCGGGCCGGGCCGCGCCGGGCGAGCUGCCGCCGGGGAGCGCAGGCCCCCGCUCCGCGGGCGGGCCGGGCCGGGCGGGGCAACCGCCCCGCACCUCACCGCUGCCGCGCCGUCGUCGGCGCUGGGCUUCCCCGCUGCCGGCGGGCGGAGCCGCCUUUUCCGCUGGGUGUCACUCUGGGGUGGGAAAGGCGCGUUCAAAAGCCGAGGGGAGGGAAAAGCCCACCGCCACAGCCGCCCGCACCGGCAGCGCGCCCGCCGCCCGCCACGCCGCGGCACGGGCGGCAGCCGCUCCGCUUCCUGCGGGUCGGGGCGCUCCCGGCCCUCCGCCUCGGAGCCGGCGCGGGGCGGCGAGUCAUCGGCUGGUGCCGGCUGCCCCCCGACCCCAGCCCCUGCGGGCGGAGGCUCCUGGCCCCGCCGGCCCAUGCGAGAAGGAUGCUGGAGAGCGGCUGCAAGGCGGUGAAGGAGGGAGUGCUGGAGAAGAGGAGCGACGGGCUCCUGCAGCUCUGGAAGAAGAAGCGCUGCAUCCUCACCGAGGAGGGGCUGCUCCUCAUCCCCCCCAAGCAGCAACCGCCGCCGCAGCAGCAGCAGCCGCCGCCGUCGCUGCCGGCCGAGCCGGCGGCCAAGAUCAAGGAGCUGCACUUCUCCAACAUGAAGACGGUGGACUGCGUGGAGCGGAAGGGCAAGUACGUGUACUUCACGGUGGUGAUGGCCGAGGGGAAGGAGAUCGACUUUCGGUGCGCGCAGGAGCAGGGCUGGAACGCGGCGAUCACGCUGCAGAUGGUGCAGUACAAGAACCGCCAGGCCAUCCUCGCCGUCCGCUCCACCCGCCAGAAGCAGCAGCACCUGGCGCAGCCCCACGGCCCGCGCCUCCGCAGCGCCUCCAACUCCGCCUAGCGCAGGUUAAGUUAACGAAGCGCUUCGGGGAAGCGGGACUGAGCGCGUUCGUUGCGGACGUACUUCAGAUGAUCAAAAACUGGGCAAACGCCAGAGAUGCAGGUAGACUGGAGAGAAGCGGCUCAACAACCUGAACCCCAGCUAGCUGCUGCUGCUGCUUUGCCGCCCUCGGUGCCGAGAAGCAUUUCAAAUCUAUUAUUUAUGAACCUUGGAAAGGAUCCUUUGGUGUGAUGGGACUUCUAGGAGUCAUGAUGUACUGUAACUUUAUUUUAAUGUAUUUUAUUUUAUUUAUUAGGGCUGUUUGUUUGGGGUUUUUGUUUUGUUCUUUUUUUUUUUUAAAGGCUCAUUUGCAAGACAUUUCUGAAUGUAGGCCGUAUCCAAAAAAGCAAAGGAAAAAACAACGUGUAUGUUAGCUCCCUAAAGGAACUAAAAAGGUCUGGGUUGUUUGGCUGUGUGCAAUUUGACAAAAGGGUUUUUAAUUUUUACUCGAAAUACGUUGUAUUACACUAACGCGGAAAGCGGGAUGCGUGGUUUGGAAUUUGGCUGAAACCCAUACUGCGUACGAAAACUCUUUUCUCUACUGAGAAUAAUAAUUAUAAUCUGGGUUUUAAAUGCUAUUCUUUUAAAAUAUUAUGUGUGGUGGGAAAUGAUAAAAUUUAUUCAUGCUUGGUUAUUCAAAAAAGUAAGGUCGAUUGUCAUUCUGAGAUUAAAACACAUCUGUUUAAUGGAUGAGCGGAGGAGAAUCUUACCAACUUUUGUGAUGCGGGAGUCGCAGUUGGGUUCCAGUUACCCAUUUGAUGUGCUUGUUCCUUCUAGGCUGGAGGGCCGGAGCUGAGAAGCACUUCUGAACGCUUCUUAGUGUCCGAGUUCAGGGCUCCCUCUGCACGGUUGGUUUGUAAGCAGUCUGGGCUCUCGACCGGUGUUGAAUUUUCAUGAUGGUUUUUAAAUGUCUUGCAUUAAAGUAGCCCCUAGUUUAAAAGCCAUCUUAUCUUAUCUACGUCUUAGUGUGCAAACAGAUUAUUUUGGUCACAGUUUUCAUAAGCUGAAAGUUGCUCUGUAGCUGAGAUAAACUAGAUUAAUUUUGGUGUUUAGCACUGUCAGAUGUUGAGAGAGGCGUACGAUCUCGCCUCUAAAAAUGUUGACGAAGCCAUGAAGUUGGAAAACAAAGGGCUAAUUGCACAGCUGGUGUGUCUUCCCCUGCCUCUUAAAAGCCAGUGGGAGUUUGGCCGAGGAUGCUGGUGAGAGCUGGUUGGAGCCGUUUGCCCCGGCGCACAGGAGGGAGCCGGGCGCGGGCCGGCACGCUGUCUGGGGCAGGGCCCUUCGGGCGAUGGGUGAUUUCACGUUGUGUGCUGCUACCGCCCGGGUUCUCCCCUUUGAAUGGAGUGGGGAGGUUGUAAGCGGGACGGAGCGAUGUGGCCCGUUAUCUCCGGUUCAAGGUAAAAUGUUGCCGCCGUGGAGCUAUUUAUUUUAACUAGCGUGGUGAGCAAAACGACUUUUGGCCCCUUUUAUGAGUUCCAUGAAUGUAAACAAAAUCUUUUAAAGCCACACAUCCAGGACUUUUCUGUUUGUGUAACUGAGGCGUAGCUUGACUGUAAAAGCCCCACAUUCUUGGUUCAAGCUGUUUCUGUUUAAAGCAAAAGAUUGAUGUGAUACUCAAAGAAAAAUCGCAGAAUCAGCUGCUGCUCAUGACAGUCCCUUUUUCACUUACUCUGCACCCUAAGCUUAAGCUCGGUCCUGUAAGGAGAGAUCUGUUUUAACCCUCUUCUUUUACUCCUUGGUCCCAGGUGUUGGGGUUACAUACUUAGACGUGCAAAACACAUCAUGGUGCAGAAUUAAAGCCCGGUCCUCUGUGGUUGCUCCUGAGCACUUCUUUCUGAUCUGGCCCUUGACAAGGUUGCGUGAUGAGCUUGGGCUGGUAGAUUACAGCCGUCCUAACAAAGUUAUUACUUUGAGACUAAUUGAAAUCGAAGGUGCCCUGCAUCUUCUAGGAUUAGAUUCGCUGUCUUGGCAAUCAUAAUAGCCAAUUUCCACAUCUCUGUACAUCUGCCAUUAUCAUUCUGCUAACGCUUGGAUGUUAGAGCUGCAAGGGGAUUCUCUAAUGAGCUAGUCAAAGACUCACAAAAUGGGCUGUAAUUUGUAAUUUGGCUCCUCUCUUUAGAGUCGUUAAUUACAGUUUACUGAGUAACUAAUCCACCUUUUCAGAUAUACAGACAUAUCGCUGAUAUCUCAUCUACUAAAAUUUUUAGCCUACUGAAGGAUAAAUGUAAUUGAUGAAAAUUAAUUCCUGUGUGAUUGGAGACACACAUAUUUCUCUAGGAGAGGUGGAUAUUCCUGUCCUCAGAGAAUGGAAGUCCCUGAAUGCCACAAAAGUCUAUGGAUCUGGUCUAAAGCUGAAAUUUUACUGCUCUUCUGGAAGUAUUUGUAAUUUGAAAAAAAAAGGUGACAAUUUUAAUGAUAUUAUUGAUAUUAAGGUUUAAGAAAACAGCUUUUAUUUUGAAUUUGCUGCUCUUUUUCACCGGUUCCAGGUCAAUGUUACGUUUCUUGGUUUAAGUUGGUCUGAAGAAUGCUCUCAAAACCAUUUGGGUUAAUGUAGUUCAACAAAAUUUUGCCUGUUGUCGUUGCCUGCUGUGUUACCUUUUUAAAAAUGUUGGUGUCAGCCGAACUCUUCGUGUGAGAGAUGGUCAUGUCACAAAAUCCACCUUGAGCCGUUCCUGUGUUUGCAGCCUGAGUUGGUGGGAUGGGUGUAAGGGUCCAACCUCCCUUUUGUGCCUCCGGACUGUCUCUUGCAAACUGAAUUGCGAACAAAUUGUCUGGGGUCCCCUGGGGACAGUCGGGCCGUGUGGCUCAUGCCAUGUCAGUGUAAAUAAGGCUAAAUUGUCUGACGUGGACUAUCCGACAACUUUCUCACGCUCUAAAUUCCACGGGGUAUUUUUUGACUGAUAGUAAUUUUUAGACCAAGAAAUUGUUUGAUGUUAUAAAUGAGGUGGUUCUGGGCUUUUUUUGGCUUCCCUCUCUGCUACUGCAGAGUCUUUGUUGGAGCUACUUGGUUAAAUACUGUUUGUCGCUGCCUUGUAGGCAAUGGCUAUGUGAAUAGGUCCAGCAGAUCAUGCUCUAUCUUAUUGGAGCUCUGCAAGAAAAGAAAUCAGGUUGUCCUUCCCCGUACAAAAAAAAAAAAAAAAGGCCAACAGCAUAUGUCUAAAGUAAAUUCAUUAGAGAAUAAACAAAAAAUGCCAGUAAAAUACACACAGGCAAAUGCUUGGUACAGAUAGCGAAAGUGUGGACAGUAAGUUCAUAAAGAGGUCAAAAUUGCAUGUCUUUUUUUUUAAUUAAGGGGCAGAUUCAGCAAGAAAAUUCAAGCUGUGGUGACCAAGAAAAUUUAGAAAUUGGGGGAAAAGGAAGAUCAAGUGGAUGUUGUCUCUGUGACAUCCUGAAGUAAUUUCUCUUCUUUAAGGUUCAUGAUAUGCAAAUGCCAGCUUCUGAAUUAUAGCUGCAGUGAUGUACCAAAUGUUUUCUAGCAUAUCCUAUUGUGAGCAGAAAUAUCAGUGUCGUCAAAAAAAUUGUGUGUAAAUAUGACUCAUAAAUGAUUUCUGAGAGAUGUGAUUUAUUUUUCAUAUUUUUCAAGAUGCAUUCCAUUUCAAAUAAAGAGGUAUCUAUUGAAAGAG